AUUGUUUAUAAGAAUGCCAAGGUUAUGAGGAUCUUCUCUUCACAUAAAUAGUAUUACCCAGUGCUGUGGAACAGAAAUACACUCUUAGGAAAAAUGACAUGAGAUUAAAAAAAAAAAAAAAGGUUGGCAAAAGCUAUUAAAAAAAAUGCUUAAGUAGAAGAGGAAACCCAGGACAUCCUAAAACGAGAGUGGGAGAUUUUCAUGUACACACAGGUAGGUAGGUACACAGGAAGAGAUGCAAAGACUACAGUCCCACAAGCCUAGUUCCAUUCUCUUUGGGGAUCUCUUGUGAGAACUUUCAUGUAAUGUCUUUCAGAUCCUGAGACUUCAGCACCAUGUCUUACCAACAACAACAGUGCAAGCAGCCCUGCCAGCCUCCUCCUGUGUGCCCACCCCCGAAGUGCCCAGAGCCUUGCCCUCCCCCUAAGUGCCCAGAGCCUUGUCCUCCCCCAAAGUGCCCUGAGCCCUGCCCCGCUCAGCCAUGGCAGCCGAAGUGUCCUCCUGUGCAGCCUCCUCCAUCCUGCCAGCAGAAGUGCCCACCCAAGAGCAAGUGAGACUUCAGGAGUCACCAGGAACCGGGGACGUGAAGAAAAUCUGUUUCGCCUGCUUCCAUAGAAACGGCCCCAUCUUCCUUUGCAAAGCUUGUCCUAGUUGCGGAAGAAUCUCCAGAAUCUUCUCCACUCUUCACCCUCCGUGUGCCUCGCAUGACGGCUGAUAGAGAAGGCAUUGCUCUGAGGCUGUUUUCCCGCUGUUCAAGGGGCUGCUAAGAAUGGUUCUUCCUCAGUGCUUCAGUAUCCCAGAUUCUCAUAGGGAAGAGCAGCAGCUCUCCACCCUGUGCCCUCAGAGGAGCCUUCCCAGUCUGCCUGUCACCUGGGUAGGGCAGU